AUGCACGAGCCUCCAGACCCCUACAGCAGCCCUAGUUCCUUGUGCCACCGACUACACCGCGACCCUUCAGGCGAAGACCGGGGUUGCUCGCUUAGUUCGAUCCUAGGCGGAAGUGGCCGGUACGGCUGGGUCUGGAGCUGCUGCGGCGCGUUAGGCUGCGCAGCUGUUCUCCUCCAGGACGAGGAUUCUGUGCCGGGCGGGGGGCCUGAGGUGGGACCCGCUGACGAAACCCGAGCCAGCUCGCCGUCUGCCCCGCUACCGUUCCCCUCGCCCACCCGCUGGGCACCUUCUUCCUGCCGCGCUCAGCCUCCCCGGGACCAGGAGUCUUUGAAAAUGUCAAAGCAGAAAGCAGACGGCCAACCGUUUGGUGGAUUUGCAAAGAAAAAACAUAACAGUUUCAAGACUGAAUGGCUGACGGAGGUUUUUGUUAAAACUGCAUUGCCACACAUGAGUGGGUGUGAGAACGUACAACUAAAAGAAAUUUUUGAAUACCGGGAAACGAAUGACGCGGUAGUCUGCAAAAUAUGUCUCAAAGCGGGAGUUGAUGGGAAGUGGAGCACCGGAAAGAGGUGGAGUGAGUGGAAAACAGAUUACUUUAAGCGUCACGUGAAUCACAAAUUCCACUUGGAUGCGGUAACGAAACUUCAGAAUCGGAGCCGUGGGGCUGUACUGAAUUUCUUCCGAGAAACCCCUGAAGGACAGAACAUCAGCAUUGAAUAUGUGAAGCAAGAUGGGUCAAGUUCAGAAGAAGUCAAGAUUUUAAUCGACAACGUGCUUCUUGCGGUUAAGUUGAACGUGUCCAUGGUCUCUCUGCCGAAAAUCCACGACCACAUGGCAAAAUACGUUAACAUUCCUGCUAGCUUCAGAAACCAAAACGAUGCCUUAGCAUUCCUUGAAUGCAUAAAUAGCACUGUUAAAAGUGAAAUUUUAAAUGAGAUCCAGGAAUCUCCUUUCCAUACCCUCAUCAUUGAUGAAAGUACCGACAUCACCGUGUCCAAGAUACUUAUCAUGUACAUCAAAUUCAGAAGAACCGGCAGCGAUCUUCCUAAAACUGCUUUUGCUGGCAUCGUAAAACUGGCUGCUUGUAAUAGUGCGGCAAUCGUUGAUUCCAUAAGGAGGUUUUAUAACGAAAAUAACUUGGACAUGAACCGCAUGGUGAUGUUUACUUCCGAUGGCGCCUCCGUCCUGCUUGGAAACGGGAAUGGUGUGGCUGCCAUUCUGCGUGAAUCAAUUCCUCAUCUGCUAGAGCAGCAUUGUGUAGUUCAUCAAGAAGAUUUAGGAAUAGAUGCUGGAUGGGAACCAAUCCCAUUCAUUAAGGAGGUUGAAACUCUAAUAAGCACAGUUUAUACCCUUUUCAUUAGAUCGAGUACACAAACAGCCAAACUGGAGGAAAUUGCCAGUGCAGCAGAGCGAGACGUUGUUUCAUAUAGGCCGCUGAAUGAAGUCAGGUGGCUCUCGAGGUAUUUUGCUGUAAGUGCCUUGAUUAAGAAUUAUGACAUUUUAAUUGAAUAUUGCAAAGAACAAGUAGAAGAAAAUAACGACCCAGUAUCCCAGUACUGCCUUGAAAGAUUAAAUAAUCCACAAUACAAGGUGGCAUUACUUAUCCUUUCUGAUGUUCUUGGUGAUCUAGCAGAGCUUUGGAAAAUUCUUCAGAAGAGUUCGUUGACCACUAUGGAAGCAUUUCAGUUCACCAAAGCCAAAAUCAGGAAAAUUAGAUCUCAGUAUCUGAGAGACAAAGUCCAUUUCAGUGAAACCGUACAAGAUCUGAUUUCCUCUUGCAGCUCUACGGUAAAUAUCGAUGCUGUUCUCCGUUUCAUUAGGCAAACCUGUGAUCACAUGGAUAAAAGAUUUCCAGAGAAUGAAUUACAGGAUUGGCGUGUAUUCGACCCAGGCUGUUUAUCAAACCCCUCCAACCGGGCCAAUUUUUCCUUUGGGGAUCAAGAACUUUCAAGAUUAGCUAAGCGUUACUGCAAUUUGUUCCGUAAAGAUAAACAGUCCUAUAUUAAGGAACUUCGUAAAGAGUAUUCAGACUUCAAAUUACUCAUUGCAGAGAAGAUGAAAGCUGGAGCUGUGAAAACUUUCCAGGACGUACUAACGUUUACACGACAACAAGAACAGUUCCGUGAACUAAAUCUCCUCCUCGACGUUUGUGGAACUUUUCAGGCCUCAAGUGCUGACUUUGAGAAAAGUUUUAGCUUGAUGUGUGCCAUCAAAACUGAAUUUAGAAACCAGCUAGAUACAGAUCACCUGGAGAACUUAAUGAGAAUUAAACUGCACCUGUCUAAUGGGAAUAAUAUUAAUAUUGACAGUGUUCUCAACUUAUGGAAAACCAAGGAAGAAGAGAGAAGUUAAAACGUUUUUUGUAAAGAAAUGUGACUUUUCACUUACGUAUGUUUAAGUCAUUCUUAAAAUACAGUGUAUAAGAAUUCAUUCUCAGAUUUCUACAAGGUUAUGAUAAUUCUAAAAACUAAUGUACAUGAUAGUGAGAUAUUUAAAGCAAGUAUAACUAGUAAGUUGUAGAUAAAUGUAUGACUUAUAAUACAAGUGUUAAUAGUUUAUAUUUUAUGUUUAUAAAGUUUUUAAAACAUUUAG